AUGAGACUCGCCCUGGUACCCCUCUUUUUUGGGGCGACUGCUGUCGCCUCCAGACUCUACGCGGCCUCCUACGCAGGCACCGUCACCACUCUGUCCCUGUCCCAGUCUCGGGGCCAGUAUGAGCUGGAGACCAUUGCUCAAUCGACCGAGUGUGGUAUCAACCCCUCCUGGUUGAUGCUGGACAGCGAACACCGUGUCCUGUACUGUCUGGACGAAGCUGUCGACCUCGCCAAUGGCACUUUGACUUCACUUGCCAUCGGGGCCAAUGGCACCUUGACCCGCAUCGUGCAGCGGGAGACGAUCGCUGGCCCAGUCAUGUCGCAGUUUUAUUCAGCCCCGGGGCUUCCGGACCGCAACGAAGGAUCCGCCGUCACCACCUACUCCUUGGACCCGAUCACUGGCGUUUUCAAUCGCUCCCAGACCUUUACCUAUACCCUUGCUCAGCCUGGCCCCAACGCUGCCCGACAGGAUGCGCCCCAUUCGCAUGGUGUCGUUGUCGACCCCACCGGACAGUUCGUCCUGGUUCCUGACCUGGGCGCCGACUUUGUUCGUAUCUUCCGUGUGAAUCCUUCUACAGGGCUGCUGGAGCCGCAGGAUCCCCUGGUCGCAGCCCCUGGCUCUGGGCCCCGACACGGUGUGUUCUGGACUCCCAAGGACGCCAAGGUUGGUCAGCACACGGAAACCAUCUUCUACCUGGUGUCGGAGCUGAGCAACGGUCUCACCGGAUACCGGGUGUCGUAUCCCAACGGAACUAUUGCUUUCAGCGAGUUCUACACCACCAACUCUUACGGUGGCGCCGUGGCUCCUAAUGCCUCCAAGGUCGCCGAAAUCCAUCUCUCGCCUCAAAACAACCGUAUCGUGCUGAGCAAUCGGGGUGACAACACCUUUGGGGUUAACAACGAUUCCAUGGCCGUGUUUGGCUGUGCUGAUGCAACCGGAAACAUCGCGACCAACAUCACCUUCAAUGGUCUGUAUCCCGCCUACGGAUCCUACCCUCGCCAGUACGACCUGUCUGCCAAGAACGAGAUGAUCGCCGAGGCGCUGCAGGAAUCGGAUGCCGUGGUGGUGACUGGGUGGAACGGAACCACCGGAAAGCCUGGCCCUUUUCUUGCCAGAAAGUCUCUGGUUGGGGAGAUUGUUGCUGUUGUCUGGGACUCUUUGUAGAUGUCAGUGUUCCGGUAGCUGUCGGGAAUUGUCUCAGACAAUAAGCCUCGCUAGGCCAUGUAGAUCAACGUCCUAUCGGUAGAGCGGCGGCAGUCGCUCUUCCGGUGACUGG